CAGUCUGAUAAACACAUCGAAAGUACAUACUCUGGAUUAAAUAAGAUAAAGAGCAACAAUAAGCAUGUGGAACAGCAGCUGCCGCGAUGUUCGGCUGCCCAGUGCGAAGAUGAUGAUACACCAGGUGCAGGCCGUGGAGGAGGAUGCCGAGGAACCCGCCCUGGAGUUCCACGAGAACUGCAACCAGGCGUGGCGCGCCCAGUUCCGACACCCCGGGAUGGCCAAUGUGGCAAUCGGUUUCGAGUUCAUGAACGCGCCCAGUCGCCACAUGACCUUUUCGCUUAGCACUCAGGAUGAUGAUACGGAAAACCAGUUGAUCGGUAAUUCCUCUUCCAGCACCUCUCAAAUGGGGCCCACUCCGCAAAUCUCCCAGCUCGAAUAUCUGCCCUACAUGUUCAGCUCGGAGGGCGAGAACCUGAUGCAGCAUCUAUCGUAGUCCAAAAAAAAUAAUUUUCCCUACCAAAUUCCCAAUGUGUUUGCCAACAACAUCUGAUCCGAUUUCCCAUCACCAGGAUACUCCAGCCUCAACCAGCGCUGUCGCAUCUGAGCUCUGAUGGAUCUGGAAUGGAUCCACGAGGCCCCAAUGUUGGGUCAUUUAUAUCACCUCGUUUGUCUCUCAGUGCUUGGAAU